CCCCCACCCCCUUCCCCCCAAUUUUGGCCUCUUCUACUGCAACCUUGACCACUUUCUUCUCUCCUCUCUAGUCUUCUUCCACCAUAGAGAGAAAUUUAGAGAUAAAGGUGCCUCCUUUACCUUCUUCUUUGCUCGUUCUGGGUACAUGGAAUCGAUUCCUCUUCUCCGUGGCUUCUCUCUCCUCCUCCUCUCCCUUCUCCUUCUCGGCCCCAGGGCUGUUCAGGGGAAUGCGGAGCUGAGAGCCCUCAUGGAGGUGAAGGCAGCGCUGGACAAGGAGGGGAGGAUUCUGGCCUCGUGGACUAGCGAUGGGGACCCUUGCCGAGGGGACUUCGAAGGGGUGGCGUGCAACGAGUACGGCAAAGUGGCCAACAUCUCGCUCCAGGGGAAGGGCCUCUCGGGGUUCAUCUCGCCGGCGGUGGCCGAGCUCCGGUGCCUCUCGGGUUUGUACCUCCACUAUAAUGCUCUCAGAGGGGAGAUACCGAGAGAAAUCUCUAACCUCACCGAGCUCUCUGAACUCUACCUUAACAAUAACAACCUCCCCGGCCGCAUUCCGGUGGAGCUCGGGAAAAUGGAGAGCCUGCAAGUGUUGCAGCUGUGCUAUAACCAGUUGACAGGAGGUAUACCCCCCCAGCUAGGUCUUUUGAAGAAGCUCACUGUUCUUGCCUUACAGUGCAAUCACUUAAACGGAGCUAUUCCGGCCACUUUAGGAGAUUUAACACAGUUGACGAGGUUGGAUUUGAGCUUCAAUCAUCUCUUUGGUUCAAUCCCUGUGAAGCUAGCUCAGGUUCCUCAGCUGGUAGUAUUCGAUGUCCGGAAUAACUCCCUCUCCGGCAAUGUCCCCUCCGAUUUAAAGAGACUGAAUGGAGGAUUCCAGUAUGGGAACAACACAGAACUAUGUGGAGUUGGAUUCACUUCCCUCAAAGUUUGCUCUUCAGAUGAUGUCCUGAAUCCCAGCAAACCUGAACCCUUUGGACAGGAGAUCCCACAAUCGGCUAACAUUACCGCACAUUGCAAUGGUUCCCACUGCUCAAAAUCUUCAAAAUCCUCUGCAGUAAAAGUUGUUAUCGGAAUAGUUGCUUUGGCAUUUGGAGGGUUGGUUAUCAGUUUACUGGCCUUUGCACUAUAUCGUCGCCGGAAGCAGAAGAUUGGUAGUGCACUAGAGGUUUCAGACAGCCGGCUAAGCACCGACCAGCCCAAGGAUUUCUAUCGAAAGAGUGCCUCCCCGCUUAUCAGCCUCGAGUACUCCAAUGGAUGGGAUUCCUUGGUUGAUGGGCGAGGCGGUGUGGGGCUCUCUCAGGAGGUCUCUCAGAGCUUUCGAUUCAAUCUUGAGGAGGUGGAGUGUGCGACUCAGUACUUUUCGGAUGUUAACUUGCUGGGGAAGAGCAACUUCGCCGCAAGUUUUAAGGGCCUCUUGCGAGACGGGACUGUGGUUGCUGUUAAGAGCAUCAACAAGACAAGCUGUAAAACUGAGGAGGCUGACUUCUUGAAGGGGCUGAAGAUCCUGACUUUGUUGAGGCAUGAGAAUCUUGUUGGAUUGAGGGGCUUUUGCUGUUCUAGAGGCAGGGGGGAGUGCUUCCUUGUCUAUGAUUUUGUUACAAAUGGGAGCCUGUCGCAGUAUCUGGAUAUGAAGGAUAAUGUGAAUGGCAGGGUUCUAGACUGGCCUACAAGAGUAUCUAUUGUCAAAGGCAUUGCUAAAGGUAUUGAGUAUUUACACAGCAAUCGAUCAAACAAGCCUGCUCUGGUCCACCAAAACAUAUCGGCAGAGAAGGUCCUCAUCGAUCAUAAUUUUGCUCCUCGACUCUCUGGUUCUGGUCUUCACAAACUCUUGGCUGACGAUGUGGUCUUCUCGACCCUCAAAGCCAGUGCUGCCAUGGGUUACUUGGCCCCCGAAUAUACCACUGUUGGCCGAUUCACCGAAAAGAGUGAUGUCUAUGCCUUUGGAGUCCUUGUAUUCCAAAUCCUUACAGGGAAAAGCAAUGUCUCCCACCUGCGGCUGAAUUCGGAGUAUGCUAAGCUUGAAAACCUCAUCGAUGAAAAUCUCGAUGGGAACUACUCCAAACCGGAGGCAUCAAAGCUCGCAGGGAUUGCCUUAGUUUGCACAAGUGAGACUCCGAGCCAGAGGCCUACGAUGGAGGCGGUGCUUCAACAACUAAGCGUCGGUUACUGAUCCCGGUCGAGAUGGUGGUGGUUGUCAUCCUCUUAACCUGUACUCAGAUUCCUUGUCUGAGGGAUUCCAAUGCAACAUGCAAGGAGGAUUUAUUCCCGUCACUAACCACUUAUCUUCAAGCGCGUCGUGUCCUCGAAUAAGGACCUCUGAGUUAUGCAAUGUAUGUUUCUCUUUUCCUAACUAUUGACCUCUGAGCUAGAAUUGUUCUUCAGAGAAGAUGAAGGCAGAUCCUUGUAGCUCUAGUUACUUUUUCUGUUUCUAAAUCCUAGUUUAGCGGUUACUAUACA